GAUUUCUGGCGGGAUUUUCUUAAUCGAGGUGGUGAUUCUCGGGCAGUUUUUCGUAAAACUUUGAGGCUUCCUUGUGCAAUGAGUUGGGCAAAAGAAGAGUGGAAGCAAGAAUUAUCUGCCAAUGCUCUUAAAAAUGUGUACGAGCUUGAGCAAAGAUGUGAAACGUUCCAGAAGGACUGCAAACAAAAGCAGUUUCAAUUGGACAGUUUACAAGCUGCUUUGGCCAAACAGAAGAAACUAACAGAUGACGAGAAGGCAAAUUCUUCUUCUUUAAAGAAAGAAAAUCAUUCCCUGACUGAAUCCAUUCAAGAGUUAGAGCGAAAUCGCGAAAAGACUCUUCACGAUUUGAAUGCAAAGGAAGUGCAGAUUCGUUGCCUUGAUGGGAAACUUGCUCGCUGUCAACAGAUGCUCGAUACUGAAACUGCCAGUAAACUUCGGUUGACAAAUGUUUUGGAUCAUUUGCAGCACGAUCAUAACCAGCUUGUGGAAAAACUUGAAAAACAGACGACGGAUUUAACCAAAUCAAAAGAGGCAAAUAACCAACUGCAGAGACAGCUCGCCGGUCAUAAAGAAAGAGUAAGAGCAUUAGAGAGUCAACUGAAAAGACUGGGAGAAGAACCAAAUGCAAGAGCACAGAAGAGCUCAUCAGGAUCAGAAUCUGAGAUGGAGUGGCAUGCUAGUCAGGAAAACAAGCUAAAGGAAAUAGAAGAAAACCUUCAAAUGGAGAGAGAACAGCGCCAAAAAAUUGAAAAAGAACUGCUUGAACUGAAAUCCAAUUCUUUAAAAGUUAACAAUGAGGUAUCUUUGCCCUCUACUUUAGAAAUAAAAGACUCCACUGUAGAACAAGAGUUAAAGUCUAAAAUCAUUGAACUAGCUUCUGCAACUCAGAAACUAGAAGCAAAGGACUCAGAACUGAGGGAGAAGUUGACAGAGUUGAGUAAAAUGUCAGAAUGCCUUGACAAAAAGGAAAAUGACAUUAAAGAGAUGAGCACAAAACUGUCAGAGAUUUCCACAAUAAAGUCUCAACUGGCAGAAGCAAACACUAACAUAGAUGCCUUAGAAAAAAGGGCAAAGCAAAGAGAGUUGGAUGUGGAAUGUCAGCGCCACAACUCAGAGGCUGUCAUCAAAGGGUUGGGUGAGAAGUUGAAGGCAAGAGAUAAAGAACACAGACAAGAGAUGCAUUCACAGUCACAAGCCAUUGUUGCAUUGGAAAAACGUUACUCUGAUCUUGAGAAGAAAUCAAGUAAUAUACAAAACAAACACGAAAACAGUCAGAAAAUGAUAGAAGCUAAAGAUCACGAGAUUGCUCGGCUUAAAGCAAACCUAAAUGAGUUGGAAAACAAGUUUAAACAGCAGAGUUCUCGCCUUGAUAACAGGUACACAGAAUUAGGGCACACAAUUGCUGACUUGAACAAAUGCAUUGAACAGAUGAAACACACUAUUCAAGAGAAAGAGAACGAUUUGAGUUCUAAAGAGAAUGAAAUUCAAGAGUCACGUGGUGAAGAUAACAAGAAAUUAGUAUCAGCGAUGGAGAAUAUUUCUCUGUUGCAAAAACAGAAGCUGGAUAUAAAAACUGAAAGCCAAAAAGCAUUACAGCAAAUCUCUGUUGAAGUAACUGCAAGGUCGAGAGAACUUGAACUUGAAAGACAAGAAGUAACCAAGUUCAAGGAAAGAGUUCUGUAUUUGGAGAAUGUUGUCGAUGGGAAGGAGAAAGAAAAUAAGAGGAGUGAAGAGUCUUAUAGGAUUCUUUAUGACAAGUUGCAAGCGGCAGAGGUGGACAUGGCCAAUAGCAAGAUGGAGUGGAUAAAAGAAAAAGCUGUUUUGGAGGAGAAAGGAAGAUCUUUACAGGGUGCAAUGGAAGUAAUGAAGAAUGAUUUUAAGGCAAUGCAACAUGACUACAAAAAGGCUUGUGAGCUUGCCGAUAUGAAAUCAGCGGAGGCUACUGAUGUGAUUGAUAAAUUGGAAUCCUCGCAGAAGCAAUGGCGAGAGCUUCAACAAAGGCUGAGUAGAACUGAGGCAGCUCUUGGGGAGAAAGAAAACUCUGUAACUUUGGUGAUGCGGGAAAAAGAUGAAUUGUUAAAGGAAAAACAGCGCAAAGAAGACGAAGCUGAAAGAAAAAAACAAGAGCUAGAUCAACUACUUACUGAAAGAGUGGUAGAAAUUGAGAAAUUAAACGAAGUGUUGGAAUCCACAAACUUGAAGUUGGAAACAAUGAAAGUUAAAUGCAUAGAGAAAGAAGACGAGAUCGAAAAAAUGUCUUUAAAGUUGGGAAAUUCUUUCCAAAUCUCUGAAGAAAGUUUGUCAAACAGCAAAGAAAUACUGAGGAAGAAAGAGAUUCUUUUUCAAGAAAUAUCGGCUAAAUCGGAAUCAAAGGAGAAAGCCCUGAGUGGCUUGCAACAACAACAUACAAAAACUAUAGCAAAACUCAGUGAAUUAGAAAAAAAAUACAGGUUCCUUGAAGAACAAAAGGAGGAAAAUCGGAAAAUCAUUAAAAGCAAGGACGAGGAAAUUGCUUCAGUAUUUAAAGAGAUUGAUCACAUCAAGAGUGACACUGAGAAGAAACUACUUGUAAUGAAAGAACAGUGUAAUACAACCCAAAAUGAGAUUGUGUUUUUGCAAGAGAAGGCAGAAAACUUAGAGAUUUUGCUUCAAAGUAAAGAAGGAGAGUUGAUUGAGAACAAGCAAGAGUUAAAUAGCGCUAAAGAAGAGCUUGUUACUCUCAAGAGGCAUCUUGCAUUAAAGGAGGAAUCAAGCAAGGAAAAUGGAAGAGAAAAUGAAAAAAUGAACAGUGACUUGGAGCAAAUGGCUGUAGUUCUAAAAGCUAAGAAUGUGAAGUUGGAAGAACUUACAGUGAGUCUGGGUAAUCUUCGAUCCGAGUACGAGUCCGUUCUGGAACAAACUGGGCUUGAAUUGGACCAGCUUAAGAAAGAAGAAGAGAGAUUGAAAGAACGCCUUGAACAAGCAAACUCUGUUGCAGAGAGUAAAAAAGAGGAGUUAGAGACUGUUAAUUCUCAGUUAGAAGCUUCAGAAGCCGAAAAAACAGAAUUAAGCUCCAUGCUCGAUGAACUUUGUAAUACUAACUUCAAGUUGGACGAUCAACUCGUAGAGAAGAGAGCACAGCUCGAGCAGUUGUCAGAAAUCGUGAAAAGCAAAGAAGAAGAGCUUUUAAACCAAACUAAAAUCAUUACAAGUCUCGAGAAAGCCAAAGACGAGGAAAAAGGAAGAAGUAAUGAGAAGUGUUCCACUCUUGAGAGCCAGGUAGCGUCAUUGCAAGAAAAGAGCAUUCAUUUGGAAGCCUGUCUUCAGACAAAAAAGGCUGAGAGCGGCAUUGCAACAGAAAAAAUACAACAACUUACUUCUGAAAUCCUUAAUCUCCAAAAUGAGAUUGUAUCAAAAGGGGAGGUGAUUUCAGGAAUGGAGAAAGAGAGGGCAACAUUAAUAGAAACUUUCCAGUUCAAAACAACGGUCCUCGAGAAGAAAGAAAAAGAUUUCAAAGAAGUUUCUGAUAAUCUUGCAAAGUUAAAAGCAAGUGGAAAGUCAACUCAUGAGGUAACACUCGCAGAACUGGAAUCCUUGAAGACAGAAGUUGCUUGUUUAACACAGAAAUUAAACCAAAGCACUGCAGCCAUUACAAUGAAAGAUGAAGAGCUCGAGAGCAUACGGAAACAGAUUCAAGUUGUAGGGGAGGAGAAAGAAGAAUUGGCUAUCAAGACGCAAGAACUACAUAACCAGAAUAGAUCUCUCAGAGCAGAGAUCAUAGAACUUCAAAACUCUGUGCAACAAACCAUUGCAGCUAAUAACAAUAAAGAUAAGGAAAUCGAGGACAUUAGAAAACAACUCCAAAUUCUGGAAGCAGAAAAGGGAGACCUUGGUACCAAGACACAAGAUUUACAUGACAAUAAUACAGCACUAAAGGAAAAGAUCGCAGAACUUCAAAACAGCCUAGAACAAAGUGGUAUAGCUAUUGCAAGGAGGGAUGAAAACCUUGAAAUCAAACAUCAACAACUUCUUUCCACAGAGGAUGAGAAAACAAAGUUGGGUGUCCAUAAAGACGAAAUGCAGAACGCCAAUUUGGCAUUGGCAGAAAAGGUCGAUGAGCUCCAGAGCUGUGUUGCACAGAUGUCUGAUAUGCUGAAAAGUAAAGAUGAAGAGUUGAUGACAAAGACCAAUGAACUUGCUGAAUUAGAGACUUUUGGUAACCAACAAAUCUCGGAGUUAGAAGGAAAGUAUUUAACUCAAGAGGGUAAAAUGAUAGCAUUAGAAGAGAAAUCUAAUCAGUUAAAGGCUUCUGUAGAAAGUAAAAAUGAAGAACUGAGCAGGUCAUUGGCAUUUCAAACAGAAUUAUCUGCUAAACUGCGCUCUUUGGAAGCUUCAAUCGCUGAAAAACAAGAAUUUAUGAAAAGUGCUGAAGAAGAACUGAACAACGUGAAACAGAAGUUCAAGCAACAGCAAGUUGUUAUUGAAGAUAAGGACGUAAAGCUCAGGGAGGUGUCUGCGAGUUUGGAGCAUGAAAAGUGCAGAGGAGAUAAGACCAUAAAAGGUUUACAAUACCAGCUGAAUGAUUCGCAAAAUUCACUCAUUAUGGCGAACGAAAAGUUGGACAAAAUGAAUGUAGUUCUCGAAAUGAAAGACCAAGAUGUGGAAUCAAUGUGUGAACGACUGGAAGCUGCAGAGCAAGAAAAGAAAACUCUUGAGGGUAGACUGUGUGAAUUAGAUAAGCAGUGUGAACUAUUGAGAGGCAAGAAUUCCCAAAUGGUGAUCGACACGGAACAGUUGUCAAACAUACUGAAAAGCAAAGAUGAGCAACUUGCUGAGAAAAGCCAAGAGAUACAGAAGCUCCUCAAGAAAGAAAACACCGAGAGAGUGGCCGAGUUACAGAACCAGAGUGCUGCCCAAUCAGACAAGAUUGCCUCGUUACAAUGCAAAUGCAGCCAGUUGGAGUCUUUUGUGGAAAGUAAACAGACGACACUCGUUGCCUUGGAAUACAAAUUACAUGAACAGAGUGAAAAAAUUGGCCAGCUUCAGGAAUCAAUUGGAAGAGCCACUGAGGAGGCUAAUAAAGAGAGUCAAGAAAAUGAUGCUUUGAAGAUCAAGUUGGAACAGACUGUGACAACUUUUGAACAUAGAGAAAAAGCACUGAAAGAAACUCUGGAAAAGCUGGAGUCUGAGAGAAGCAAGCAGCAAUCUGACUCUGAGACACAUCUCUUAGAAUCAAGAAGUGUUAAGGAAGAUCUAUCGUCACUGUCUGAGAGGCUGAAGAAAAUGAGUGCAGCCGUCGAAGUUAAAGACUUAGAGAUCAUGUCCAUGAUUCAACAGCUAAAAUUUGCAGAAGAAGAGAAGGCAGCUCUCGCAAAUAGAAUGGAUGAAUUGGAUGGCUUGCGUUUAAACUUAGAGGAAAAAAACGCCAGUUUGGAAAACAAACUUGAGCAAUUAUCCUUUGCGCUGAAAACAAACCGGGAUGAACUAAGAGUGAAAAGCGACGAAAUUGACGAAAUUCAGGCAUUAAGUGGAAAGGAAAUUACGGAAGUGAAGGAACAAGAGGCUGCACAGAAAACUGAAUUUUUGCAGUUACAAGAGAGAUGUAGUCAUUUAGAGAUCUGUAUUGAGAGUAAAGAAUCAGAAUUGAAUGACUUACGCUCCAAAGUUGAAGCGUAUAACAACUCAGCUGAAGUGGAAAUCUCAACUCUGAGAGAGCAGAUGGUAACGAGGGAGAGUGAACUGAAAAGUAAAGAGAUUGCAGAGCAAGACCUUAUGAGAAAGCUUGUGCACAAGGAAGACCAGCUUAAGGAAGCAACAAGUAUGGCUCAUGAGCAAAGUGAAAACCUAAAACAAAUAGAGGCUCAGAAGGAAAUGUUACAGAUGGAUCUCGAAGAUAAGGACUCCUUCGUUGAGUCUCUGAACAAAAAGAUUGAAAUGUUGGAGGCAUCAGAGGCACAAUUAAAGGGAAGAAUUACGGAAACAGAACAAGUAAAUGACGAACUAACCAAAGAACUUUCAAUUGUAAUCAAUAAACUUACUGAGAGCAUAUCAAAUGUGGAAAGUAAAGAGAGAAGUAUGGAGCAACUCAAACAAGAUAUCCAAACAUUGGAAUCUCAGUUGCUUACUGAGACAAAGAAUAGUAUGACGAUGUCAGAGGAACUGGGGAAUGUGCAAACAAACCUUAACAACACACUUGUACAGCUUGAACAACAAUCAGCUGAGUUACAUGAACUGAGGGAGAACAAGGUUGUCAAUGAAGACAAAGUUUCCAAACUGCAGAGUCAACUUGAAAAUUUGGCGAAGACUCUCGGAAAAACAGAAAGCGAUAGAAUGGAGGUGGAUGAUCUGUUGAAAGCUGCUGAAAAAAGACUUGAGGAAAACACACUGCAGAUGGAGAAGGAAAGGGAAUCCGUUGUCCUUGAAUGGAGAAAACUUCUGCGAGAAAAAUCGGAAGAGUGUUCUUCUGCGCUUGAACAACUUCAGAAGUCCAGAGAAGAGAUCGACCGAUUGAAAGACGCAGUUAUCCAUCUUGAAAAUCUCUCAACUUCAAAAGACCAGGAGAAAAGGAAGAUAGAAAGUUCCUAUGAAGCCUUUGUUGAGAAAACGCAAAAUAGAGAGCAAGAGUUGCUGAGAGCUUGCAAGGAUCUUGAAGAUGAGAAAUCAUCAUUUCUUGAAAAAGCAAGAGAAUGCCAAGCAGCAAUGGAAGGUCUGAAGCAUGAGUGCAAAAUUUAUCAGCGAGAUUGUAAAAGGGCAUGCGAGCUUGCUGAUUCCAAAGCUCAGGAUUACAGAGAAGUGGUAGAUAAACUUGACGAUUCACAAAAAUAUCUGCAAGAAAUACGCCAGAAACUCUCUCGUGCUGAAAUUGCAUUGAGAGAAUCCAAAGAGGAGGAAAAGCGAGCAAAGAAAGAGAGUACCGAUUUGCUGAGGCAGCAUACUAAACUGAAGGAAGACUUUAAAGCCAGUAUGGAAGAAUUAAAGGAAGAAAUCAGCGAUAAGCAGCAAAGCUUCUCAGAUCUUUCUAGAAGACUGGAAAGUAGUGAAGCCAUGGUUAAAGCUUUGGAAGCCCAAAAGUACGAGUUGGAAGGCAUGCUAAAGCACUCAAAGGAGCAGCUUUCCCACCUUCAAGGAAGGUUGCAGACCAUUUUUACAGAUAGAGAUGAGAAAGAAGCAAUAGCAAGAAAUGGAGAGGAAAGUAACGAGGCUAUUAGAAUUCUCCAAGAACAAGUGCAGUGUUUGGAGGCCAGCAAAUCUAAGCUGAAGUCGGAGCUGGAUAACACGAAGAAUGAAUUGAGUCGACUUCAUGAUGCUUAUAAGAUGAUGGAAGUUGAGCGCACAUCAGCAAUGGCCUUGAAAGAUUCGGAGAUUGAACAAAAGAACGAGUUGUUUAGAGAAAAAGAGCAACUCGAAGAGAAUAUGGCUGAGAAAGCGAAAAAAGAAAUUGACUUCUACAACGACAAAGUUAAAGAGAUGGAAAGUAAUAUCGCUGAUCUUUUGUCCGAGAAGCAGGAACUCCGUUCAGAUGUGGACAAGAAAACUGCAGAAGUGACUCACUUGGCUGAGAAAAACGAUGAACUGGAGCACGCUUGUAGAGAACUGAGACGAGUAAAGGAGAGUAUGGAGGGCAGAGUUGACAGUCAGAGUGGUCAACUGGUAGAGCUAACAAGUGAGAAGAAACGACUUGAGGAAGAAAUGUCUGUUGUUAAAAUGGAGCUUGAAUCAGCAAAAAAACAUUCAGAGGAGAAUAUGAGAAAAUGGGAAGAGGAUCAUAUUCAGAAAAUCAAAGAGUUGGAAAAAUUACAGAACUUGCUCUCUGCAAGAUGCACUCAAGUGGAAAAACUUCAAAGAAGUCUCAACGAUCAAACUGAAGUGUCAGCAUCUCUUAAGGAACAAGUAAGAUCGCUCUCUAAAGAACUGGACUCCGUCAUAACAGAACACGAACAAUGUGAGCGGAAAGACAACAGCGCUAGGAAUUUGCAGGCGCAAAAAUUGGAGCUUGAGAGUCCCAGCUACUGCAAACUUGAGGAAAGGCUUGAAAAAGAAUUGAAAGAAAAGAAAGAAUUGGCAAAUACUGUCAAGGAGAUGAGAGGCAUUCUUGAACAAGAGAAGAAGUUUGUCAAGGAGAAGAAUAAGGAACUGUCUGAAAUGAAGACAUUAUUGCAUCUUUCUGACAAAGAGCAUGAAGAAUCCAUCUAAGACAAGGAGACAAAAUUAGUCGAACUGACGUUUGCUUAUGAAGAUCUUAGGAAAAAGCUUGAUAAAAUGGAAAAGAAUUUCGAAGAUAGGUAUGAGGAGCUAAAGCAAGUUAAAGAACAGCUUAAGCAAACAGAAGAGAGGGGUGAAGAGAUGAAGGAGGAUCAUGACAGAGAGUUGGACCGAGUUAAGUUUGAGUUGCGUGAUGCCAUCAAUGAUUGUAAUCUGCUAAGAGAGGAGAACAAAGAGCUCCAACAGAAAAAUUCUGCAAGCUCAGAUCAUUUUACGUGCGUCAGAGAGAAGAGAAAACUUUUGCAUCAGCUAGAAGAGGCCAAGCUUAGGUCUAAUCAAGCAAAACGCACCCAGGAAAAGAUCCAAAACGAGUUAAUUCAAGCGAACCUUAAAGUUAUAUCUUUUGAAGGUGGAGGAAAUUCGACUGGUUCUGAAGAAACAGAACGACUCAAAGCACAAGUCAGCCAGCUGAAUAGCGAAGUUCAAAGGUGGAAGGCUAUCGCAAAUGAGAAAAAAUCAAGUUGUGAUAGUAAUACCUGUAAAGAUGAAGAGAUUAACAAUCUUAGAGGUGAAGUAUGUAAACUUCAAGCGGAAAUUAAUGAAUGGAAAACCGUUGCAGACGAGAAGAAAGAAAACGCCCAAAAACUUCCGGCCACCAACCCGAAACUUGCAAGCAAGCUGGAAAUACUCCAUCGGGACAGGAACGCUGCAUCAACUUGUACAGACACUCCUGGUACUGGAGAAAGCUCAGAUGGAUUAGGUUUAUCCAAACCUCCCAGAGUGAAUUUAUUUAAAGCAGAUUUUCUUUUAACGCCACUUGCUAAAUCUUUAUCCAACUUGGAUAUCGAGUCCUCUACAGCUGACACGUCACAAGCAGCUGCCACACAAGAAACAUCCUCAGAUACCAAGAAAAGGGCACGAAAAGCGGCAGACAUCAGAAUCGCGAAAAGACCACGUGUAUCCAGCGGUAGUGAAGCAGACCGCCAGACUACCUCCAUAGGGUUGAAAACCCGUAGGGCUGCCAAGAAAGAUGUUCAGCCUUCAUUUGCGAAAGACGGGAAGGAAAAUCCUGAGUUCACUAACGUUCUCCCAUGGGGACAGUUUGCCCCUCCGGAGAUGCCCCUGUCGCCACGGAAGACGAACUCUGUAAAUAUACCCCAGGGUCCAAGGUCAAAGAUCCCUAAACCUGGGAGGAGUCAGUUGCCAAGACCAAACAAUCAAAAGAUGCGUGGUGCCUCAACACAUCAGGUGAGGAGUCGUAAACGGUAGCCUUUGGGGGAGGCGGCAACUGAACCGACAGAAAAUUUUACUACUUGAUGGAAACUGACGCAUUGCUUCGCUCUCGUCUUAUUCCUCAUCGUACCCUUUUGCAUUGCUCAAAGAUAACUUUGUAAAAAGCUUUUUCUUUCUUCAGUUGGUUUUGUAUUAUAUUUUCACUGUUCAGAUUUUAAUCAUGGUUAUAGAAUGUUCCUGCUAAUUUUAAUAGCAGCUUAUAUUGCAAUGAAAAACAAACAGCCAAAUUUGUUGUUAGCUUUCUUGCUUACAGUUUUAAUAUUAAGACUUGCAGCUGGUAAGCUUUUGGUUUUUCUAAAUAAAGUGAUUAAGGAAACUUACGAGAAACUUUUGUCCUCGGCUAAAAAGUAAUUGGAGAAAAGUUAGCAGGUAGAGUAAAGAAUGCGCAUACACUCAGUGACACUCAGCACUGAUACCGCUAUUUGCAUACACAAAUGAUAUUAGUAAUAUUCAUCAUCGUCAUAAUAAUAAUAAUAAUAAUAGUAAUAUUUAUUGAUCUCUCCCCCGAUGGGAGCUUUUCAGGGCUGUUCCGAAAACACGGAGAGCGAAGUCUGAAAAAAAAAAAUUUAAA